AUGGGAAAAAAGUUGGUAUUUAGGCUAUUUUGUGUAAUUACACUGGGAAUAUAGAAAAUUAGAAUAUGUAAGAAAAUAUUUUAUAGUUUAUAUGAUAACGUGUGCUUAUUUUUUCUAGUGGUGGUGGACUGUAUUAUGAGAGUGGUUUUGAGAUUAAGUCAGGUAAAUAGAAGGAAAUCUAAGAUGGAUUAACUAAUAAUUCUUAAUUAUUACUUUAUGGUCAAUAUACUUAUGGUAAAAAAGUAAGUAAAUGGGAUAUUUUGCAUGAAAAUAAAUAAAUGCAAAAUAAAUUAUGUAUUACUAAUAAUUUCGAUUUUCGUAUUUAUUUAGUAGUGGUGGAUAAUAUGAUGAAAAUAGUAUUGAAUUGAGGGAUUGGGUAGAAGUAUUAGAUGGAUAUAAUCAUAAUCGUUAAUUAACGUUUUUUGGAGUCUAUAAAAAAGGUAAAAAAGUAGAAUUUUGGAUAGAUGUAAAGAUAUCUAUAUACUAGUGGCGAUGGAUAUUAUGA